AUGGGACAGACUGGAAGAAUUAAAGAGACAUUCGCGUUAUUGGAUUCUGGCAGCGAUGUAACUCUCAUCCAGAGCUCAUUGGCAGAUGAACUCUGUUUGAAAGGGAAGAAACAAACUCUAGACAUGACUACACUCAGUGGAAACUCCAAGCACAGCUCUCAGAAGGUUCAUCUACAGAUCAAAGGUGUUGCACCGGAAUUCAAGACAGUUCAAGUCAAGGGCUCUUGGACUUACAAUGGAGCAUUUAAAUGUAAAUCACAACAUGUUGAUCCUAAGUGGAAACACCUUGCUCAUCUCAACUUGCCUGAUGUUGGUUCAUCGCAGAUUCAACUUCUCAUUGGCCUGGAUACUCCUCAAGCACACCUACAAGAAGAUGCUAUCUCGGGCGACAGCAGACAACCUUAUGCAGUGAUGACGCCAUUUGGUUGGUCGCUGAUUGGUACGUCAACGCAUGACGACAGAUCACACACAACACAAGCACAUGUUAACUUCAUCAUAUCACAAGAUCAGAGUUUGCAGGAUCAAAUAGAACACUUCUGGAAAACAGAAUCAUUUGGGACGAAACACAACUUGAAGGAAGCCAUCUCGGUUGUAGACAGAAAAGCAAAGACUAUAUUGGAUGAAACGACAACAUUAGUUGACGGUCACUACCAAAUCGACAUGCUUUGGAAGAGCAAUAACACUCAGCUACCAAACAACUAUCCUUACACACGCAAGAGAAAUAACCUGCUCAUGAAAAAGCUUGACCGUAGUAACCAGUUUGAAGAAAUGUACAGCAAGACCCUGAACCAGUACAUUGACAAGGGUUAUGUAACCAAAGUGACUGACAGUGUGUCCUCUGAUUAUGAGAACAAUCCGCGCACAUGGUACAUUCCACACCAUGGUGUACAAAACCCGAACAAGCCUGGUAAAGUACAUGUUGUCUUCGAUGCUGCUGAUUCCUACAAAGGGACCUCAUUGAACGACAACUUGAUGUGUGGACCCGAUCUAGUCAACAGUCUCUUCGGCAUAUUACAGAGAUUUCGCCUGUAUGGUAUUGUGAUUGCUGCCGACAUGGAAGCGAUGUAUCACCAAGUGCCCGAACAUGACUCUCACAGUCUGCAGUUCUUGUGGAAAGUUAACAGAUGUGAACCAGGCCCCCCAGAUAUCUACAAAAUGGGUGUUCACAUAUUUGGAGCAACAGAUUCCACCGCUUGCGCCAACUAUGCUGUUAAGCGAACUGCACUUGAUAAUGCUGACCAAUUCUCACCUGUAGUAAUUCACACAGUGCUUCAUCAUUUUUACGUCAAUGAGUUAUUGAAAUCUGUCAAACUGCCAUCUCCGGCUACUGAACUUUCAAGGGAUAUGACAACAUUAAUGGAGAAAGGAGGCUUCCAUCUCCAUAAAUGGAUAAGCAAUUCAUCUGAAGUUUAA